UCUGGGUAAUUUUGUGACUUCCUGUUGAUGCCAUGUGACGAAGAGCCAUGUCUGUGAUCAGAGGUGAUUAAGGCUGUGGGAAGCAGGCAGUGAGGUGGACCUUCACACGUCUCCUGAUGAUCGAGAAGCUUUAUUUGAAGCUGUGACUAACUAGAUGUUGAUGGCUGUGCUGUGACACUGCCUGAGGAUGAGAGUUAACUCUACUCAGGUUUUAGAUUUCAGUCUGACUGCCUACUUUGAUUCUAAUGGUUUGAAUUAUUUCUACUUUUCUGUCAUAUUGUUCCUGUACGUGUUAAUCGUUGGUUGUAACGUUCUGCUCAUCGUGGUGAUCUGUGUGAACAGGACUCUACAUGAACCCAUGUACAUGUUUCUGUGCAGCCUGUUUGUGAAUGAGCUGUAUGGAAGUACAGGCUUGUUUCCCUUCCUGCUGAUUCAGCUUCUCUCUGAUGUUCACACCAUUUCUGCUCCUCUCUGUUUCCUGCAGAUCUACUGUGUGUACACCUAUGCUCAUAUUGAGUUCUGUAACCUGGCUGUCAUGUCCUAUGACCGAUACCUGGCCAUCUGCUUUCCUCUGCAGUACCGCUCACUCAUGACUCCUUCAAAGAUCAUGAAGAUUAUUGCGCUAACAUGGCUCUUCCCUCUGAUUGAAUGGGCUGUUGGAAUCGUUCAGAUCUCAUUUCUGCAGCUGUGUGGAAACAUAAUUAAUAAAGUUUACUGUGACGGCUUUUCCAUCGCUAAGCUGUCCUGCUCCAUCUCCACAGAAAACUUCUUCGUAGCAAUCGUCUACAUGCUGACAGUCAUCCUGGGGAUUAUCCUUCUGAUCGUCUACACGUAUGUGAAAAUCCUCCGAGUGUGUUUUUCUGGGUCCAAACAGAUCCGGCAGAAGGCCUUCAGCACCUGCACGCCUCACCUGGCCUCUCUGCUCAACUUCUCCUUUGGCUGUUUCUUUGAUAUGUUUCAGAGCAGGUUUGACGUGAGUGCAGUUCCCAUCAUGCUGCGAGUCCUUUUAUCGUUAUAUUUCCUCACAUGUCAGCCUCUGUUCAACCCUCUGCUUUACGGACUCAACAUGUCAAAAAUACGACGCGUGAUUCAGCUCUUUGUUUUAGGAAAACCGUGAAACCGCUUGUUUUAGUCCUACUGUGUUUCUAAAUAAACCUUUUUGAUAAACUACUUGAUUUUCUGUCAUGUGGAGCUCCAUCAGAUCCUCAGCAUGUUAGUGGAUUCACUUCAGCUGAAUUCUGCUUUUGUCAGGAAGUUUGGAUAAACUGCAAACUCUGGCAAAGGAAAUGUGAAACAUGGAAAGAGUUUUUUUCCAACCAGCUUUUUCAGUUAUAGAAAAUUAAUGAUACAGUCUCAUCAGAAUAUGAGAUUAUUUAGACAUCGAGUUUAUGAGAUUGAAUUUUUACUCUGUUGAAAUUAAGUAUUUGAAUGUUUUAACUUAAUAUACAUCAGCAAUAUUUUGCAUGCACCCACGCACA